GGGGCGGGAGCCCCGAGCUGCGGUGGCGCUGCGGGCAGAGGGUACUGUGCUUCAAGCCUCUGGCCGCGGGCGCGCGGAGGAUCGUGCGAGCGCCGCACCUGCGGGCCCGGUUGUCGGGCUGUCGCAGCGCUGGGACCGCCCUACUAGGAGCUGCCGCUGACAUGAGUGCAGUGUCAGAGCCCCAGGCUGCUCAUGCUCCCCUGGAGAAGCCAGCUAGCACUGCGAUCCUGUGCAGUACCUGUGGGAAUGUGUGCAAGGGUGAGGUGCUGCGUGUGCAGAACAAGUACUUCCACAUCAGGUGCUUCGUGUGCAAAGCGUGUGGCUGUGACCUGGCUGAGGGCGGCUUCUUCGUCCGACAGGGUGAACACAUCUGCACACGUGACUACCAGCGGCUCUAUGGCACUCGCUGCUUCAGCUGUGACCGCUUCAUUGAAGGGGAAGUGGUGUCAGCACUUGGCAAGACCUACCACCCUGACUGCUUCGUGUGUGCUGUCUGCAGGCUGCCCUUUCCUCCUGGGGACCGUGUGACCUUCAACGGGAAGGAGUGUAUGUGCCAGAAGUGUUCCCCGCCCACAACACUGGGCAGCAGUGCUCACCUGGCCCAGGGCCUCCGGAGUUGUGGGGGCUGUGGCUUAGAAAUCAAGAAUGGCCAGGCCCUGGUGGCUUUGGACAAGCACUGGCACCUGGGCUGCUUCAAGUGCAAGACUUGUGGGAAACUCCUCAAUGCGGAGUACAUCAGCAAGGAUGGGCUGCCCUACUGUGAGGCUGAUUACCACACCAAGUUUGGCAUCCGCUGCGAUGGCUGUGAGAAGUACAUCACGGGCCGCGUGCUGGAGGCCGGGGAGAAGCACUACCACCCUUCAUGCGCGCUAUGUGUCAGGUGCGGCCAGAUGUUCUCAGAGGGAGAGGAGAUGUACCUGCAAGGCUCCUCUAUCUGGCACCCGGCAUGUCGACAAGCAGCCAGGACUGAAGAUAAGAGCAAGAUGCACAGCUCUGUUUGCAGCCAGCCCUGCCCGGGCACCCUGCCCUGUGCCUUACAGGAAACCAGGACUUCCUCGGAGAGCAUUGUCUCUGUGCCUGCAUCCAGCACGUCGGGGUCCCCAAGCCGUGUGAUCUAUGCAAAGCUUGGCGAUGAGAUCCUGGACUACAGGGACUUGGCUGCUCUUCCCAAAAGCAAAGCGAUCUAUAACAUUGACCGCCCUGACAUGAUCUCCUACUCACCCUACAUCAGCCACUCGGCCAUGGGGGACCGACAGAGCUAUGGCGAGUCGCCUCAGUUGCUCUCACCAACGCCGACUGAGGGGGAUCAGGAUGAUCGGUCCUGCAAGCAGUGCCGGACCUCCAGCCCCAGCUCUGCUGGCUCCGUCAGCCUCGGCCACUACACCCCAACAUCACGGUCGCCCCAGCACUACAGUCGCCCAGCUGGUACUGUGAGUGUUGGUACCAGUAGCUGUCUGUCCCUGUCCCAACACCCAAGCCCUACAUCCGUGUUCAGACAUCAUUACAUCCCCUACUUCCGAGGCAGCGAAAGUGGCCGUAGCACCCCAAGUCUCUCGGUGCUCUCCGACAGCAGGCCUCCUUCCUCUACCUAUCAGCAGGCGCCGCGCCACUUCCACGUCCCAGACACUGGAGUAAAAGAUAACAUCUAUAGGAAACCCCCUAUCUACAAACAGCACGCCGCCAGGCGAUUGGACGUGGAAGACAGCAGUUUUGACCAGGAUAGCAGGAAGAAGACCACCUGGCUGCUCCUCAAGGGGGAUGCAGACACCAGAACCAACUCUCCAGACCUGGACAGCCAAUCUCUGUCCCUCAGCAGCGGGGCUGAGCGAGAACCUCUGCAAAGGAUGCCGGGGGAUAGCCUCUACUCACGCUUCCCUUAUUCCAAACCUGACUCUCUCCCAGGACCCAGGAAGGAUGGUCUGGACCUCCGGGUAGGUACUUGGACUCUCCCUACCUGUGGGACACUAACCACCCCUUGCUGCUUACCUGCACUGGUUCCCAUAGCUUUGUGACAGAAAAGGCAGGAAUCCUGCUUGCCCACCUGCCUCUGCCUGAUGCUCUGCCCCAGAUGCUGCCACUGUAGUCUUUUCUGUGUCAAGAGUGACCAGACCACACCUGGCCACACUCUGGCUUCUCUCCGCUGGGCUCCAGAAACCAGAGUCCCCAGUGUGUAAGGCAGGGAAGAUGUAGGUCACCCAGAGUAACUAGGGCUGCUUUGAGAUGCUCUUCAGCCCCACCUUCUUUCCUGUGGCUAGAGCCAGCCAAUUCUGGAAUGUUCCUGUGCCCAUGGAGCCAUACCCAUCCCAUGUCACUGCCAUGUGGUCACGAGGAAUAUGUCCUUAUCUGCUUCCCAAUCUCAAGGCACAUGAACACAAGUACAGAAGGCCUUUAGCCUGCCAACCCAAAGAGAGCCUGCCAUGUGCCCUGGUCCAGUGCCCUUCAUGAGGAGCUUGUAGCCAUGUUGGCUCUCAAUGGAGAUCUGUAGUCAAGAGUGUCUUCAUGAUUCAGAACCCCCAGGCCUCAUCUAAGCACAUAGCUCCAGGAAACUUCCAUUACCCAGGUAGCAUUUCCUAGUGUCAGGAAGUUUGUGUAUAAAAUAAGACAAUUCACAUCUCAAGAAAAUCAGGAGUGUGUGUGUGUGUGUGUGUGUGUAUGUGUGUGUGUGUGUGUGUGUGUGUGUGUGGUGUUGGAGUGGUCUUAUCAAAAUGUGAACUCAGGGCCAGCCAUCUGAAAUAUCCUCUCAAAGGCUAUGGAAUACUCUCAAGGCAUCUUCAGAGGCUGCAGGCAUCCUUUGGGACUGGCCAUCCAUCUUCUCAGGCUCCAAUUUACUAUGUUUCUGUCCAAGACUCAGCUUCAGGGUGCCCCCGCCCCCACAGAUGCCUCUGCAUGGAUAGAAUCUAGAGUACCAUGGCUUCCCCUCCCAUUAACCUCUCUUCCUGCUUUGGAACAGACCUUGCAUGUUGCCUGCUUCCUUGACCUUUUUCCAACGGAAUUUGUCUUCCACAGGGAAAGCAUGGGUCUAGAAACCACACAGGACUCCCCUGACAUGAAAUGUAAAACCCUCCACUCAGAAUCGGGGCUUUAGGGGCCAUGGGAGCCCUGUCUGUCUUUCCAGAAGGUUUUCUUUUUACCUGGGACAGUUGCUCUCUAAGCAAGGGGCCCACAGGUGCCAGUGACCCAGCUUGACCUAGCUAAUAUGUCCCUCUACUCAAGUAAGAACUUGGGGGUUUCCUUGGUGGGUGAGAGGAAAGUAGGGGCACUGGACUGUCUGUAUGAUUAGCAGCCAUCUGUGUGAACACAUGUGUCCAGUCAGCCAUCUAUGAGAACACAGAGAAGUUGACCUCCUGGGAGUCUUGGCUUGCCUGUGGCAUUGGUGAACGUCCAUGUCUACAGAGGUCAUGGUCUCUACCGGCUCCUCCUAGGCCAGUUGUGAAUAGGUCAUCUGGACUCUGGUGGGUCCAUCUUGGCCCUAGAACUAUUGUGAACAUUAUCUUAACUCUCUUCAGGACCGAGGGGCAGGCCUUGUGUGAACACGGGAGGAGAGAGUGGGCAGACCUGAGUGCUCUAGGCUUGAACUCUGAGCGGUCCCAAAGGUGGAGUCCAUCCUCACAAGAGUUCUGACUUUGCACUUGGCCCUGAGAUCCUUUGUCUCCUGCCCAUGCUCCUGCUCAUUCUCACUCCAUCUAAUACCCGUAUGUACUCCCCUGUCUCAGCAGAAGGCUGGCUAUUUAGUCACGUGGGCAGCCAUGCUCAAGAGCUCAAGUCUGGCCCUUCUCUCUGGAUUUCCUGUAGUGCUUGCCCACAAACAUCUGCUGGUGGUGACCUGCAGUGCCCCAGAAUCAUUCACGAGGUGCUUUGCUACCAGAAAGGAUUGAGGGGGCAGGGUGUCUAAGUCAGAGCACAGAUUCAGUGAGAUCAAAAUCCAAAAGAGAGGGAGACCUCCAGAGAAUGUUCUCUCACAAACAAAUGACAGUGUGUGAGAAAAGAUGCCAAAGCCCCACUCAUGUGUCCUGAUAGUGAAGGCUAGGCAGCCACGAUCAUGACUUUUAUAGUUUCCCUCAUCUGAAGGUGCAGAAGUCCUCCUGAGUCUCCAUCUAAGAGGAUUUUUGUCACAAAGACCUAGUGACCCCUAGCAUUGUAUGUUCCAAAGAUCAUGAGAUUGUCCUGAUGCCCAUACCUGCCCCAGGAGGAAGAUGCUCAUAGCCCAGCAGACUAGCAGCCACCUGCUGCAGGUCCUCCUGUGAAUGAGCAGUAAUUUUUGACAUGUGCCACCUGACUCAUCAGUUAGAGAAUGGUCACUGGCCACCUGAAGGUCCUUGUGGCUGCUCCCUGGAAGAAAUUCCACUUGGAGAAAUCCUUGAUGUUACCUGUGAAGAGACUAAAUUCCAACAUUAAAGAAAAAAAAAGUCUUGUCAGGUUGGGUUAAAAAAUGACAUUAUCAUAGUGUGUCAUUACAAGAUAUACACUGAAAACAUAUUCUUAAUUAGAAAUGAAAAGAGAUGUUAAAAUCACAAAUGGGAGGCGGGAGUGGUGAUACUGUGGCAAAGUGAAAUUAAGUUUCAAACAGAUAAUAUAUGAAGAGGGAGCAGUAAUGCACAGAGUACCAGUGUCCCAGGCUUUAUGAAGCAGUGACAGAACCCAGAAACUUAAAUGCACCAAACAACACAGCUUCUAUCAGUGCUUUACAUGGUCUUAAAAUAAAACAUAGAUCUAGUAAACAAGAGUCACCUGAAACUACCCAAUCAUUCACUCUCAAGCUUAACCCUAUAGACAAACGCAAAAUUUAUGCCUUUUGAAUCCAGUUUUCAUGGGUUCAUAAAUCUCUAAAAUUGCUUAUGUCCCUCAAGCAUGGUGGUGCACACCUUUAGUCCCAGCACUUGGGAGGCAGAGGUAGGCAAAUCUCAGUGGGUUCAAGGCCAGCUUGGUCUGUAUAGAAAAUUCCAGGAUAUCCUAGGCUACAUAGUGAGACUUUGUCUCAAAAUAUUUAAAUUUAUAUUUUUAAAGUGUUUAUGUCUGGAGGCAGAGACAAGAGGACCAGGAAUUUAAAUCCACCCUCAGCUACAUAGUGAGUUCAAAGCUAACCUGGGUUCCGUAAGGCCUGUCUCUGAGAGAGGCAUGGUGUGGGGUGGGGGUGGGGGAUCUUAUGUCCGUGACUAUGGAUCUUCAUCUGUGAUCCUGGAAAGAACAUGUGUUUGAACUAGACAGCCCUGAACUCCCAGCCAUCUUGAGGCAAGUUACGUAACUUGCAGUCUUUUCCUAGAACUAACCAGGGUGGGGGUGUGAUUCUUACAUCUGAGUGAUUAUGAGAGCAAGUAUGGCUGUGAGAUCUUUUCCUGAGCUCUGUAGCAUGAUUUCCACGUAAGUCAGGACUUCAAAAGCAAGCCCCCAUCCGCUCUUCUGCACCAGCUUCUGCUGAGUCAGGCAGCUUAUUCCUACAUUGGCUUUAGCAGGAAAAUCACAGCUGCCUGUGUGGGCGGCCAUGAUCUCAUUCCUACCAGCAAUCACAGUGUAGUCUUGGGGAAGCAAAGCACAUGGGCUCAAACUCCUACAGUCCUGUGCACUUUCUGUGUGAAUUCAGCAAGGUUGCUUGACCUCUCUGAGCCUGGUCUGUAAAGCCUGAGGGUGCUUCCCACUUUGUGGGCGCAACAAGAUUGGAGAAUGUGUCAGUAGAGCUGGUAAAUGCCCAGAUGAGGAAGAGGAAUAACAUGUCUGCUUUAAAAAUCAUGGCACCUCAUUGAGAACUGCAAAGGAGUUAGCCAGAGUAGGGCCAGGCAGUGCAGUCUUGAGCUGGCUCUCUGUUGCUGGUCCACAAGUACAUGUUAACCCAAGAUUUGGUUGCACAGAGUGGUCUGUAGAGCUACAGGGGGCAUAGACUCCACUCGUCCUGCUUAGACCAAGGCCCUGUUCCUCCAUUUGGAGGAUGGCCCACUUCCCAUCUUCCCUCUCUUUCCUCAGGCCUAGAAGGCUGGAGGAAGCUGGUUCUGCUCGGAGGUGUUGGCCUGGGUGAUCGACUGCUUGUGAUACAAGAUUCCAAACACUAUGUGGCAGCAUUCCUCCUUAGCAUCAGUCAAUCUGGGCACAAAGGUGGGGCCAAGGCAGACUGGCUUCACUUUGCCCAGAGGCUCUCUGAUGGACAGGUGUGCCUGAGGUGCUGUUUUUGAAAACUUCUAGGGGGAAAUGGUGAAAGGUCAUGGAGAGUUAUCGGCUGAUGCAGACCCCUGGCUAAGGGUGCAGGGCAUAGGACCCAGAGAGGCAAACUAAGGUUGACCCCAAGGAUGGAGUCAUUGAAGUAUAUCGCAUGUGACUGCAGUGGUGUUAGAUCCAAAUCCACGGACUUGGUGGUGCACACCUUUAGUGUCCACACUGGGAGGAAGAAACAGGCAGGGUUCUAUGAGUUUGAGGCCAGCCUGGUCUACAUAGUUAGUUCUAGACCAGCCAAGUCAUCACAACAAACAAACAAACAAAAUAGAGAGAGAGAGAGAGAGAGA